AUGUCAAAGCAAGCACAAGAGGAAUACGAUUACUUAUAUAAGAUUGUACUUAUUGGAGACAGUGGAGUUGGUAAGAGUAACUUGUUGUCGAGAUUCACUCGCAAUGAAUUCAAUAUCGAGACCAAGUCGACCAUUGGUGUAGAGUUUGCCACCAGAUCAAUAGUUGCCGAGGGCAAGACCAUCAAAGCACAGAUUUGGGACACUGCUGGUCAAGAGAGAUACAGAGCUAUCACAUCUGCUUACUACCGUGGUGCAGUUGGUGCCCUGUUGGUGUAUGACAUUGCCAAGCAAGCAACAUACAAGAGUGUUGAGAGAUGGCUCACGGAGCUCAGAGAGAACGCAGACCGCAAUAUCGAGAUUAUGUUGGUUGGAAACAAGAGCGACUUGAGACACUUGCGUGAGGUGUCCACUGAUGAGGCCAAAGAGUUUGCAGAGAAGCACAAGCUGUUAUUUAUUGAAACAUCUGCUCUCGAUGCCAGCAAUGUAGAUUCUGCCUUCCAAACGAUAUUGACACAGAUUUGCCAUCUUAUGAGCCGUCCACCCACUGUUGACCCGACUCGCGAUGAAGUUGUUCCAGGAGGUGGAGUGGUAGUUGACUUCAAUAACAAAGAGACAAAGACUCAGGGUUCAGGAUGCGCUUGCUAA